AUGGGUAUGUAUGUCUUCAUCGCUCCAGACUUUCCCAACGAUCUCGGGAGUCGGGGGAUUCCUGAAGGGCAGCUGGUGAUGUGCGCUCACCUGGGAUCUGGUGCACAGCUUCUCCAUCUGUGCAUUAAAGGAAGUCUGCUAAAGCCUAAUAAGAGGCACUUCUCUGAUGGCAAUGUCACACAAAUGCACGAUGUAAUUACUCAUGUAAAACUUUCUAUUGCUCCUGACGGAGGAACAAAUGGGAUGAGUCCUGGAGCCUUCCUACGUGCUCAGUUAACGAAAAGCAGAGGAAUGAGGAAUUUUAACGGUUAUAGAUGUUAUAUUGAAAUAGGAAUUAAAAAGCAACAGGGGAAAAGGAAAGAAGUGAUGAUUAAACCAGUAGUUCAUAGUACUAUCCGUGUGCCUUCCAGAUGGCAAUGUAUCUAUAAUAAGCCACGUCAUAUCAAUGUUUUCACCAAUGGAGAGAUGAUCAAGCCACCUAUAAAAUUUAUCAUACCCAGGUUUACUCUGAAAAACUGGAAUUGUGUCCUUGCCCUAAUUAAUGAAAAAAUGCUUCUUCGUUCAGGAGGUGUUCACAGGUUGUACACAUUGGAUGGUCGUGCAGUGCAUAGCUCAGAUGGUUUAGAAGAUAAUCAUUUUUAUGUCGCAGUGGGCAGAGAAAAUUUCAAGCCUUUACCAUACUGGCGUUCCCCUAGAGUUCCGUCAGAGGUUCGAUGCUUAUAUGGUGAAUCACGAGCAUCUUCAAGAAGAUCUAAAAAGAAAAAGGCAAGGCAUCAAGUAUCUUUACAGCAGACAAACCAAGAGAAGAAGUUCAAGGAGCAGAAGAAGUACAAGAUGACAAAAAUGUGCAAGUAGAGAUGCCUAUUGAUCAGAUUCCAGCUGAGAUUGUACAAGAGGAAGAAAUUGCAGCACCUACCAGCAAUGCUAUGAGUGAGGUUG